ACUGUUGAAGCGUUUGUCCGCGUCGCAACUUUUAUUUUGUAAAAGAAAAAAACACACAAAGCGGAAAUUGCUCUUCUUCGUUGAUACUCCACAAAAUAACACGUUGAGCUAACCUGUCAAUCAAAAGCUGGCACUAGCUUCCUUGAAUCAGUGGGGUAGGAUUAUCAGGCAUCGUUGGGCGAUCGCGUGGCUGCAGAAAAGGCUGCGUGCACUGUUUUGUCGCGUUAUUCAUGGAGCCGUCACUGGCCGGGUGAUCGUGUGAUUGUUGUGCAGCCACAUCAUGCCAUUUCUUCUUACAAGUUAAUCUGCCACAUCCCAAUCAGGAAGGGAGGACUUUGCCUGCACCGAUCUGCACGCAGCCGUCUUAUUUACCAGCUCACGGCUUCCUUUUUAACCCUCCUUUUGGGUAAAAUGAGAGCGACGUUAAUCCUGUUGUGCACCGUCUCAUGCUGCUGGAUGGUCAGUGCCACGCUUUCCAAAACUGAUGCAAAGAAGGCGCAGAAAGUUGAGGCUGAGACAUCACUGGCAGACUCGUCUGUUGUGGAGAGAGGCCUUGUGGUGUCAGACCCGCAGUGGAGAGACAUAGUGAAGGAGGAAAAAAGAUCCUGUGCUCAUGUGAAACGCACCUUUCAAGGACCAGUGCUCGGAUACAUCACACCUUGGAACUCCCAUGGCUAUGACAUCGCCAAGAUAUUUGGCUCCAAACUGACUUCAGUGUCUCCAGUAUGGCUUCAGCUUCGUCGACGAGGACCAGAAAGCUUUGACGUCACCGGCCUCCAUGACCAUGACCCAGGCUGGGUCAAAGCUGUACGCAAGUCUAACAGAAAAAUCAGGAUGGUGCCUCGGCUGUUAUUCGAUGGCUGGUCUUACCAGGACUAUGUGAGUGUGCUGGGUAGCGAAGAUGAAAUUGAAGAGCUGGGAAGUGAGCUGGUGGAUGUUGCAAAGACAGAAGGCUUUGAUGGUUUUACUUUGGAGCUUUGGAGCCAGCUGGGAGGUAACAAAAGGAAGGAGCUGGUCCACUUGGUAAAGCACAUUUGUGAGACUUUGAAGGCGAAAAAAUUAGACUGCAUCCUUGUCAUCCCACCUGCUGUGACCAGCACGGGGCAGCCGGGAAUGUUUGGCAGGGAGGAGUUUGAGCAGUUGGCUCCAGCUGUCGAUGCAUUCAGCCUCAUGACAUACGACUACUCCAAUGCUGGCAGACCAGGCCCAAGCUCACCCUUGCCCUGGAUGAGAGACUGUGUUCUCCAGUUGUCACCGAACAGCCAGUGGAGGCAAAAGAUCCUCCUUGGACUUAAUUUGUAUGGUCUUGAUUUUGCAAGCCAAGGAACAGAGCCAGUCCUGGGCGGCAGGUACAUUGAAAUUUUGCGAGAAUUCAGGCCGAAACUUCUCUGGGAUGAAUAUUCUGCAGAGCAUUAUUUUAGUUACAAAAGGAACAAUGGAGUUAAGCAUGUAGUGUACUACCCAACUCUAAAGUCACUCUACCUAAGGAUCGCUUUGGCUACUGAACUGGGUACAGGAAUUUCCAUGUGGGAAUUAGGACAAGGACUGGAUUAUUUCUAUGAUCUUCUAUGAGAACAGGAUUUGCUAGUGGAUACUGUGGACCUUUUGCACAUCAGCAUAUGGAUUUCCAAUCAUGUUUUAUUUUUUUCUAAAUCCAAACAUGGUAUACCAAAAAUACCAGUGUCACAUGUGAUGAUUCUUUUUCUUUCUUUACUGAGUGAAUCAAAUGAACUCUGGAACCAGCCACUGAUAGGGUUUAGUUAAUACUCAACUUGGCUGCUGUUGGUUUGGGACUUGUCAGAGGGCCCUGAAAGUUUUUGAGACCUCCUACAGUCAGCAUGGAUGAAAAGGAUUGGCAGCAAAAUGUAGAUUUUUUUUUUUUUUUUUAAAUCUUGUUUUAUCUUAUGUCACAUCAUUGUGAAGAAACUAUCAAGUAGUAUAUCAAUGAGUAAGCAGCAAUACAUCUCCCUUUUACACAGAAUUGGUACAUGAUCAAAAUGCAGAAAGUUUAAAUGAAGUGGUGCAGUGCUACUUCUGUAACCUCUCCUCACUGGUCCCGAAUACUGAGCAACAAAUCGAUGUUAAGUCUUUUGGCAAGUUGCUCACACCUGCACACAAACUCUUCUGCUCUUGGAUUGAGCUUUGCUUGCUGUGACCAAUGCAUCCUGGACUCAUUUACUUUCUGUUGCAUCGGAUGCCAUCGAGCUUCCAUCUUGCAUGUCUGUCUGAAGAUCCUCAGACUGCAUCUGCUUCUAACAUCCAAAGCUUUUUUUUUUUUUUUUCUUUGGGAAUCAAAAUAUUUAUGUUUUAGUGUGUCAAAUGGCUUUUUAUUUGUUCUGUAAUGGGACAUUGACAAGUGACGAACUUGAAUUUACAAUGUUGCCAAACGUUUCUGACUCUGUCUUCCUUGAUAUUUGUGCUGGAUGAAUGUACAUUUCAUUGCAUAAACAUGAAUUUGGAGCAAA